UGUUACGGUACUCUGUCUAGUGUCAAGGACCGCACAGUUCACAGGAUUGACAUUCAUCGUCUGCUACAUUUCACAACAGUAAUAAUUCUGGUUAGCGCGGUUUGACUUCUGUUAUCUGUUGCAAUGUCUCUUCAAUCUUCAAUUUUCAAAUUUUCUCGAAAAAGUGCGAAGGCCAAUCCGUGGUUGCAUCCCUUCAAAAAUGUGUAUAUAAAUUGCAAGAGUAUUGCUGUCAUUUGUCACUCAAUCCUUGUCUUGCUUUGGUGAUAAGUCUUCUUACAGCAGCUUUGCUUAGAACAAAUUUCAGCUACGAAGAAUUAAAACAUUUCAUCGUGGUUUAACCAAGUUUGACUUUUUGAUCGUGAGUUAUCUUCAGUGGACACAAUGAACGGAGCCUUAUCCAUUCUUACUGUAAUAGCAGUAGUAGCAGUCAGCGUCUCCGGGUUUCCAAAGGGCGGAGGAGGAGGUGGAGGAGGGGGCUGGCCCAUGAAAAUGAUGGGUGGAGGAGGAGGUGGGGGAGGAUGGCCCAUGAAAAUGAUGGGAGGAGGUGGUGGCGGAUGGCCCAUGAAAAUGAUGGGAGGAGGAGGUGGAGGAUGGCCCAUGAAAAUGAUGGGAGGAGGAGGUGGAGGUUGGCCCAUGAAAAUGAUGGGUGGAGGAGGAGGUGGAGGAGGAUGGCCCAUGAAAAUGAUGGGAGGAGGGGGUGGUGGGGGAUGGCCCAUGAAGAUGAUGGGAGGAGGAGGUGGGGGAGGAUGGCCCAUGAAAAUGAUGGGUGGAGGAGGAAAAGGAGGUGGCUGGCCCAUGAUGGGAGGGGGCGGUAUGAUGGGCUGUGACUAGGGAUAGCCGAGACUAUCCUCUAAACAAAUAAUUACCUCUCUCGACUUUCUUAUGAUUUGCUGUAUCCCACAAUAAUCUGUCAUUAUUGAUCUUGAACUCUCUUGUAAUACAGUAUUAUGAGUAUUUGUAAAUGACAAAAUAUUAUUGAUAUCCGAUCACCUUAGUUUUAUAAGUGUGAUUUGUGAAAAUUGUUUUAUUUGUAAUAUUUUUGUACUCUGAAUGUAAAAAUUGAAAUUAUGAGAAUAAAAUUCUUCAAUUGAUUCCAUUGUAUCCAUUCAUUGAUCCAUUGAAUUUCAGCGAUAGUUAAUUCUGGUUGAAGUAGCUCAGGUAGAAUCUUUCUCGUCUGAGAUAUAAGUAAUUCUAUUCAUAUUCUAGAUA